UCACUUCCCAUCUUCUCCCCGUCGCCGGAGCGCCAAGAAACCAAGAACUCAUCCUCCCCGGCGCCCCCCUCUCCACCGCGCAGAGCCCCCGCCUCUGCUGUCGAUGGACUAGUUCCAUCACGGCCACCACGUGCGGCUGCGCAGCCGCCAGCUUGGCACGUACCUGAGCGCCGACGAAGACGGGCAUGGCGUCUCCCUCCACCCCCGCCGGGCGUCGAUGAACACGGCUUGGGCGGUGCACUUGCACCAGGGCCAGAACGUGCAGUGUCUGCUCCUCCUCAGCACCGCCUACAGCGGCUACCUUGCCGCCACGGACGCGCCGGCGCCGUUCGGCCACCGCGGGCUCCGCGUCGAGCAGCGCAACUACGACCAUCCGGAGGUGAUUGCAAUCCUUUGGUUUGCCAUCCCUUCAGAAUCUGGGGACGAAGUCCUGCUUCGCCACAUCAACCGUGGCUGCCUCCGUGCCAACGGGAGGUACCUCCGCUGGAACAACGGCGUUAGCGUCCAGGCCAUCAACAACAUCGCAAACGUCACCACGAUGAUGCACUGGGUCGUGGAGCACACCCCCGCCAGGGAGGGCAUGCCUCCCCUUCCAGCUCCGACUGUGUUGCAGCUUCACUUCCCCGCCGCCAUGUUGCUGAACGUGGCCACGCGGCUGAUCCACUACGUGUGGCUGAACGACGACGUCGACGGGCCCCUCAUCGAGCACGGAGAGUUCUUCUUCGUUGGGAGGUCCGUGUUCCGCCUGAGGAACGAGCUGGCCAUGCAGCUGGGCGCCAUCAUGGACGUCUCCGACCUCGUCAUGUGCCUCCGCACAGGUGUUGACCGGCUUACCCCACUCCUCGUCAACCUGCCGAGGAACUAGGAGACCCUCCGCAUCGUCGUCGUCAUCGCGGGGACGCCUGCCCACGCGGAGCUGCGGUACCCGGAUGUCCAUGCAGAGUAGAGAUAUGCCAGAGCAAGGACUCCUAGGACUGCUGCUCAGUGUUCACCUCUUCAGAAGUGUCAGACGCCUCGGACACGAUGACAUUAGAACCCAGGUCCUUUUGUUGAGAUAUGCGUUCAGGAAGCGUUCGCAUCCCGGUUUAAAAAUUCCGAAACUGUUUGAACAACGGUGCGGUGAGCCGGUGACAUUAGUCUGUAAUGUGUUUGACAAUGGACACUACUUCAAUGUUGCUAGCUGCAUUUCUCUUAGGUGUUGAGACAGAUGUUGUGGUUCUUGCA